AUGAGGACUCGGUUUCUAAGCAAGGACUACUUCUUUGCUGACGGCGUUGUUGAAUCCCUGCGAGGCUUUGCGUUCCUGACGCUCCCAGCUCCAUGUCUUCCUGCUCUCCAUCCUCCGUGUGCGGGAGGAAUGUUUUCAUACGAUUUAGACAUCUGUGUAGAUUUUCCGAACGGAUCGACGAUCGAUAAGUUUCCAUUUGAUCGAGCGCUCUCUCAGUUCCUCUCAGAUGUAGUCCCGGAAGUUUCAUCCGCCGGAGAGCAGAAAUCCCCGAGGAUAAGCGCUCAGAAUGCGGGAUCUGAAGAGAGUGGGAUGGUGAUAUCGCAGGUAAUGCGACAAUAUGAAUAAAUUUUUUUACUAUCGCAAAAUUCUUCUGUUGUUUCUGAUUUCCGUUGUUUUAUGAUAGAUUUCGCCUCAAUAAGGAGAAGACGUCCGUGCUGUAGGUUUUUCGGAGUCUAAUGAAUAUUAUUUUCUAGGAAGCCGAUGAUUUCCUCUGUGAAGGCAAGGAACUCGCAGGACACAAUAAAUACGAGUCACAAACUUAUCAUUCAGAGAUUACGAAGGUGGAAUUGAUAAUUUGGCCUCUUUGAUCUAUUGUAGACAGCCCCUGGACCCUCCUAUUUUCGUUUUUUUAUUUCUUUUAAUGUAGUUCUUGCUUACCUAGAAAAAAAUGGAUAAAACAACAAACACCACUUCUAAUGUUAUAAUGAAUUCGAUUGGGAAGUCCACUGGCAACAAGAAGGGGAUUCACUAACUCGUUAUUUAGUACGAAUGAGUGAAAUGAGGGAAUUCAUAAAAAUAAUUCAACAGGCUCUAGAAGGAAUUCCGGGGGGACCCUAUGAAAAUUUGGAAGUCCGACGCUUUGAUAGAACAAAAGAUUCCGAAUGGAAUGAUUUUGAAUAUAGAUCCCCCUCGUACUGCUUUCUAUGGCCUUUUCAAUUAUUCUAUCUUCUUUGUUUCAUUUUCAUAGGUUCACGAUCGUUUCGUUGGCUGCAAGGGAAAUGAAUCAUUUGAAAUAAUCCAAUUUGAAAUAGUCGAAGUGGACUCUUUCCAAGUAAGAUUCUAUGUACCAAUUUUACCAUUUCUGUUCUCUGUCAUUAAAUACUCGGGUACUUUUCUUGUGAUUUGAUGAUGCAGAGAGAGGAUAUUAUCCCUUCUAAAGUUGAUGAUGAAGGAAUCAGAUUUGGCACUGCGGGCUUUGGAAUUUCUGUGGUAAAUUUUCCUCUUCUAACUCAUCUGUCAUGUGUUUUUUUUCUGUAGGUGUUUCCUGUAUGAAACUUUACAUUUCAUUUGGUUCUUCGAGAAAAAACGAAUAGAAGCAUUAAGUUUAUAGGCAUAUACGUUUCUCCUUCGACCUCGGGACCCGAACACCGUCGUUAGCUUCUUUUUUUGUUGUAAAAUUGUGUAGCUCAUUAUUUCUUUAGCACUUUCCGCGCGGUGCCUUGCUAUGACGAGAGAAGAGCUUUUCUCCUUUCCUUAUUUUUAAUAUAUAAAUAAUAUAGUUAUUAAUUUAGCUGUCAUUUUUAUCAUUAUCUGGUGAUAAGCAGUGGUUGGAAGGCAUGCGUCUCUUUUAGGUAUCUAUGUGGUUAAAUGUUUGAUACUUGUAAGGGUAGUGUCCAUAUUUGUCUAGACAUUCAAAUUUCGGUUGAUUGUAUCCACUCAUAUGGAUGUGCAAUAACCUGUAAGAUGUUGCCGAAUACAGUAAGCUAGAAAUCCAAAAAUCAUCAGAGAGGGAUUCUUGUACUAAGAUCAAAAUAAGAUCAAAAUAAUAAUUAAGUUCCCUCUGGUUUACCGUCUAAAAACGUGUUAUUACCAACUCUCACUCAGAUAUAAAUCAUCUUUUCUCUCAGUGGAUUCAGCAUGUUUUAUCCAACAUUUAACUUUUUUUUCUUGCAAUGCUACACGUGAUCUUCUGCUCUCAUGUACGCAUUGUUCCAUACAAAAUAGUGCGCCGUCUUUUUCUUUAUUUAUUUCUUCAUAAGUAUAAACUCAAUAUGUAUAUUUAAUGAGAGACUUGGCAUACAUGUUUGACAUGAAAAGUCGUUCUUUCCGGAAACUAAUAUUCCAGUAUGAAUCACUAAAGCAGCCUCGCUUUGUGUUAUGAAACUUUUUUAAUAAAGACGUACGGAAAAAAGACGCGAACAGAUUGUUGAUGUUGAUAUUAUAAAAAAAAUCACCGAUGAUGUACAGUGCUAAAAGAAGCAACUUGAGGGCUGAGGAGGUUCAAUACAUUAAAGCUUUUCCUUGGACGAAAAUAUGAUCUCCAAUCAUCUGAAUCGAUCUUGUCGUUAUCUGCAGGAUGUGGUCUUCGUUGAACCGUUUGAAACAAUUCCUUAUCCGAAAGAAGUUUAUGAUUCAACUUAUUUAGUUGAGAACAUCCUUGUGAAUUCGAAUCUAGAUCGUGGAGGUUUUCAUCCUGCAGAGGAUAGUUGCACAUUUAAUGGGACAUUAGUGGGCUUUAACACGUUACCUAGAUUUGAAGUGAGAGAGAUAUGUUUCAAACAUGAUAAAUGUCCAUGCUCAGAAGCAUUCAAUAUUUUGGUUCCCUAUUUGAAGGAUGACCACGUUCAAGGUAGUGAGAACAGUGCCAUUCCAAAGGAUUUCAAUACACAGCCAAUAGAUUACGAUAUUCUAAAAUAUUCCUCAGUGAAAGCUCCAGCAGAGCAAAUUCCUGACUGUAUACCCAUAUCCCUCAAUUUUAUCAUAGACAUGGAUAUUUUGAGUUUGAAGGGUAAUAUUUUUCAGGUAAAAGGUACAGCGUUAUGUCCAGGAGAAUCAAAUGGCAAUUAUUUUCAGACACCCUGCUUAGUUAGUCUGCAGGAGGUUCAGAUUCUCGACUUGUUUACCUUUGACUGCUUUCCGAUGCUUGGUAUUGCAGAAACAGUCGAGGAUAAAGAAACAUUUAACCCAAAAAAUAACGAGGAUAUUCUUCCAAUCGAGAGCUUUUAUGAAUCUGUUAUCAGUUCUGAGCUAUGUUUGGUGGAUGAUACUUUUAAAUCAUUGCCUACGCCCAUCCUUUGUGAGGACAAGAAGUUAACAUCUUUAAAUUUGAUACUUGAUAAUAUUCUAGGCGCCCAGAGAAUGCAUACUGUUUCUGCAAGUGAUGGAAUAUAUUUGGAUUGGCAUCCCUUGACAGAAGACACAUGCAACCAGAAAACGUGUUCUACUCAUAUCAAUUCACUGAUGACAGUGCAGACGUAUCACAUUGCUCCAGACAUGAAACUCCUGGAAGAAGAGUCGGUUGAUUUUUACAUAAACAUCUUGGAUGAUCGUUUCGAAGUUUCCGACAUUUCGGAGAAUCAAAAAUCACCCAGAAAGCUAAAUCGUUCUACCUUGAACACCGAUAAAGUUCUUGCAAAUUGUGCAUCCUCUCAUAUCCUUCAAACUGAAAACAAAAUUGAACAGAAAUUAAGAAAUCAAAAUACUGACAGGGUUUCUUUCCUAUUUGGAACCAUGUCACAAUCCAAUGAUUUGAAUUUUUUUGUAAAUGCUCGUCGAGGCAUUACUAGUAAAACUAGUUCAGGUGACACAGAGAAGCAAUGUACUCGGGGAGUUGCAAUCCCUCCCUCUGCUUCCGCCGGCACAGCUGCUUUGUCGGAUUCUGCUGUAGUUGUAGUUCACCAUGGGAAUGUUGAAGAGCACCUGGCUGUUCUUUCUGAUCACAUUCUGGAGAUAGUUCGUAACAUUCAGAAAACUUAUUUAGCUGUUUUGAAAAAUGAGACAGAUUUACAACAGAACCUGCAUUCAUUUCCAGUACCGGAAGACUUGGAGCUCCUAAAAUUUCCAACAUUGAAGAUGAUGGCACUUGUUACAAAAAUGUCCUCUGAAAAUGAAGGGUUUUUACCUCUUAUCGGACUCGGCGUGAUGAAACAGUUAGCGCAUUUCUUAUGCUACUUUGGGAUUCAUACUGCCCAUAACUACAUGAGGAAAAUAUCUCAAGAAAGUGAGUACCUGAAGACGAGAUUAAGUUCUACGUACUACCUGGUUAAAGACGCUCUCAGGAAGGCUGAAAAGGGUCAUUUAGAAUCACAUCCUGUGCUAUCUAUUAUUGAGGGUAUACUCAAGAGAAAAACACGCCAAAAGCGGGAAAAAACAUUAAUUGUGGCCGAGAAACUUUUCUGGUACCCUUUAAGUAGAAAGUUAACCUCCAUGAAAAUAAAGUUUCAUGAAUUAGUUCAUUCGAAUGAUGUUGUGGAACAUCCAGAUAUCCGACACCAGGAACUCAGAAAUUCCAUUUUGGAAGCUCUUCCACAUUCAGAUUGUUUUAUUGUUUCACUCGAGUAAGAUCUCUGCACUGGACUUCAAUAGGCAAUAUGAUUUUUUUAGUGUUAAAACAUUAAUCUUUCUUGUAUGAUAACAAUUUUUUUUUUGGGCGUGGUGAUAUCUGUUUCAUCAUUCGUGUUGUUUUUGAGAAACUGAACAUAUAUGCCGUGAUUCUUGGACAUAGACUUUCCUUGCUUUAUUUUUUAUUUAUUCUGAUAUCAUACACCCUCUCAUUUUUAUUUUAUACUACAGUCGUUAGAUCUUAAAAUACUUCUGUUCAGGUGUGAGCCACCAUUACCUCUGUUAAUAUUACUACAAAACUGUGGAUUGACUUUGGUAGUCGGUAUUACUGAUUUGAUAAUCAACCCCAAAAUUUUCAACGCUCAUAAUUUCAUUGCCAUUGAAUCUUAUCCUGUCAAUCUGAAAUGAAAUAUAACAAUUUAUUGGAGAUAUUCUUGUGGUUUUUAACAUUCUUUAACGGUAUGCUGUUGAACUGAAACUGUUAUUUUAUUUAACUUCUAAAGUCAGGCAUUUACAUCGUAAUUUAAGCACGGUUAUUAUUAUGAUUAUUUUUAUGACGUGCUCCUUAUUUCUAAAUAACGCAACAUUCUCAAUUAUCCAAAUGAAUUAUAUUAUUGAAAAAAUUACUUCCUUACACACUUUUCGUCCUAUUAGCUCUAUAUAUUUUCCGUCGGUAAUGAACUUAAUGGAUACGCAGAAUUAUUGUGUACGAUUGCAUGUGCGUGGAGAAUUUUCGUAUUGGUUUACCUGAUAUUCUUUACAAAAAGAAGAGCUUAUGCUUCUGUCUGCUGACAUAUGGAACCUAAAGUUGACGAUCGUUUCCUUAACUCGUUCAAGGCAAGUGUCUGAAACAUUUCCGCUCAAUAAAUUCUGCCAUAUCUUGGAAUAUGGAGGAUGCCAUGCUUCAUCUAGAAUCUGCAAUCAUACGGCAAAGUUAGUUCCCUCGCUUCAAGUUGACUUUAUCAAAGUUAAGCUGGAAGACCACGCGGAUGUGGUGUCAUUCUGUGAAGGAGGAUCUCAGCCACCUCAGUAUAUGAUGGUAAUACUCUUGAAUUCCAAAGUCUUACCCUAAACAAUUUUCUGAAUAAAUUAUUGACGUCGUAAAAACUUACAGGUUUUAUGAGUAAAUGGGAAUUUAAAUUAGCAUAUGGAUAUUUUAAAUGUGAAAAAAGACCUAUGCAAUUUUUUCAGUUCUUUUGUCCCAUGUAAAGUUUUAGAGUUCAAUUUUCUACAGUAUUGAAUAUAGAUUUAGAGUUCGAAUUCAUGCUGCAAAAUUUCUGGCAUCCUCUUUCCCUCUGUCUGUCUCGUUUCCUCUUCUUUGUUUUAUUAAAUCCAAAACGUUCGUCUCACAAACAUUAACUGAAAUUUAAAACUCGAUUAAUAUCCCUUGGGAAGGAAAACUCUCAUUUUCAUGAUAAUUCCAUGAUAAUCCUUAAUAUUAUAUGGUACUCUCAUUUUCCCUGUUUAUCCAUUUUUUCGUUGAAGUUAUUUCAUAUCCAUGGUGUUUUCAUCUUUCACAGAUACCGUCUAUUGUUAUCGUUUUUUAUGUCUGCUAUAAUCACUCGUUCUUUGUCCUGAGAGAACCAUAGUUUUGUCCCCACCGUUAAUGCCCAUAAUUUCCUUCAACAGAGGAUGCCCUGAUUUCCUUCAACAGAGAAUCCUAAGCAGCCUUUCCUCUUUGCAUGCAUCUUCGCUUAUUUAUUAUUAUAUAAUUUUUCCACAUGAUAUUACUAUUUUUAAAGUCAAUAAACAUGUUUAUUUACAUCCAUCCAACUAAGUUCAUCUUCUGAACCGCGAAGAUGCGCAAAUGAGAGGACUAGCCGCUGUUUUUCUGAAAUAGUCUUAUUAAUAGUUAUCAUCAAUUUUUGACUUUCGACGGAUAAAGUCUAGAAUUAAUCAAUCUAAUGAGGAAGGAUGAGGCUUCCUGGAAUUUUCCUUCCAGGAGCAGUUUUUUCUUUUCUUUAAAAGAGGGCCCAGUCAUCUUAAACCCAAGUUCAGUCGUCGAUCUACCUUAGGAACCAAAUUACCUCUUCUGCCAGUCAACGGUGCGAUCUCUUGGUUAAGAACUCGAGGGGUUAAGUCAAAUAAUCUGAGGGGCUGGAUGGCGUAACAUUCCGAUGUACUUCUUUAUGUGCCAUGUAAAGUUUAAAAAUCCGAAGUACCUGAUUCUCAUAAUCUGUGCCCCAUGAGACAUUCUUUCCCGAGGCGUCGUACUGUUUUCAUAUCGUUUCUUGGCCAAUCAGGACCUUGUGUUUCCUGGGCUUCUUGACCUUUCUUCUUCAAGUCAUUUGGUAGAGAUACUAGUUAUCUGUCACAUUUUACGGCAGAGUUUUCGUUCUUAGACCAGGAAGGGGACUCUUAACGGAUGCUUUUCUUGCAGGAUAUCAGAAGCAAAUAUGUUACAGACCUCCUAAAAUUUUCGCCCAGCAGAGAGAUUAGAAAUGCAGUAUCCUCAGAAUCUGCCAACAAAGUUGAAGCCACACGUGACGCUGAGUCGACAUCAGGGGGGCCAUAUCCUAACAAUACCUCUGCAAACUCGUCACCAUCUCCUGAAACUGUUAUCAUCGUAAACAUUCAAAAUUCUGAAAAGGAAAUGCUUAUAUCUCGAAGAAGCUCAUACCAAAAGAUCCUAGAAACAGAGAAAGCUGGGGUCCAAGUUGUGGAACGAGAGGUCGAUCUGCCUUUGGACCUUAUAUUGACCGCUUCUGUUUGCCUGAUAUGGUAUGAUAUAAAAAAUGUGAGGAUCGCAGCUGCAGAAACUGAAGAAAGUUCUAAUAUAUCCCGGUUCAUGGAGACUCUUGCAACAAGCAUUCUGAUGUCGGUCAGUUUUGCGUUUAGUGGUUGCAUUCUGGUAAUGGUUUCUACUUGUUAGUGGAUCAUGGUCUGUAAAGACAAUAACUCAUUUCUUCAUGCAUCAUUUCAUGUUCCUUCUCCCGUGCUUUCACGUUUUUCCAAUGACCAACUAUAAAAAUUCAUUUACAUCUCUGUAAUCAACUGAUAACUAAGUUGGUAAGUUGCCGCUGUUUACCUUCAAGUGGUUCAUAAAUAAAAUAAAUUGUACAUUGAACCUCUAGUCUUUUGUGACUACGAUCAUACCUUGGUAUGCAGGCAAAAAAUUAACUAAAAUGUCAUUGAUUGUUUGGAGUUAUUUUAUUUCUGUGGGGACUCACAAGCCUCACUAAGUAUUCAACUUAAAAAAAAAUCCUUCCCAAUUUAUUGAUCCGGACCUUGUCAUCAUCACUCUUGUUUCGACCUUUAUGCAUAUCUGGAUGUGGAGCUUAAUUAAUAAAACUAGUUGCUACAAAAAUGAAUCCCAUCAAUGCUUUACCUUCGCAGAUCUUUGAGGGAGAAAGCAACUUCUUUGAAGCAGUAAUGGAAUUUUCAGAUGCACUCUAUGCUGCGGCUGCUAGUUUGGAUAUCCACUUCCAGCUUUUCUGCUCAUAUUCACCUGAGUCAACUGAUGAAAUAGUUCACGGCUGCAUCAAGAACAGCGGUAGAAUUAAUAAAGGUCUUUAUCCUGCCAUGAUGGAGUCAGAAACACUCGCAGAAUCGUUCCUUACAGGAUUUCCUUCCAUAAAUACUCUUUCAGCUCAUGCCAUAUUGUCAUCGUGUGGCAUGCUCAUAGAAUUUCUUCGUUGGUCCUUGGAGGAAAGAAUUCAAGCUGUUGGCAAGUAUCAGGUACCAGACGAAAGUAUGACUUUAUUCAGUUACCUGUGCAGAUAUGGUGAGUUGGGGGAAUCCAAGUCCGGAACGACAGAGUGUUCUUCCAUUGACUCUGAUCUUAGCAGUGGCAAAGUGCAAUUCCACUGUAAAGGGCAACGCAGAAGUACAUCCGAUGCAAUUAAAUCGCCUAUGGAUGAUCGCCUACACUUCAGGCCGCAAAGUAAUCCUGACAAAGACGUCUUUGAGUCUUCGAAGCAACCCAACCGAUUUCGGAUGGGGGAUAUCUUCAGUAUGAAGGGAAUGUUACAAAGAGCUGGAAAUCAUAAGAACCCCGGCAUUGAUGAGGUUCUAGGUGAUAAAUGGGACCUGAAAACUUCUGAUAGUCAUAUUCUUGACCAGAAUGGUGUUGGAGGCUGUGAACAUGUUUGUGAAGAUUUAAACGGUGAAGUAAUCAACUGGAACUUUGACUUUUUAGACGACGGAUUUCAAUCCGCUGGAAAUAAUGUUGAUAUCUCAAGAACUGAAACAAUUACAGGAAAGUCUCAGCUAACCAGCAGGUAUAGAUAUGGCAGUGCCAACAAUGUCUUCCCACCCGCCUCAGAUAUCAACUGUGAUGAUACCUGGGCUACCAUGAAACAUCAUUAUCAAGUACCAGAGAUGAAAAAUAUCGGCAGGAAGAAUAAUGCAGCCUCUAAGGAGGAUCUUUUGCUCGUAAACAGAUAUGGGAACUUCAAAAGAGAAAGUUACCCCCACGAUCUUAAUAUUCUUGAAUCAGCCAAGAGGCAAAAACUAAUGACUAAUUUUUGCGGAAAUUUAUUUACAAAUGGAAACCAUAUGUCCAGAGAGCAGGAAGGCUCGACAUCGACUGCUGAUCUUUUAAACCGAAUCAAAGAGAAGAGCAAAAUGAAACCGAAGCCUCUCCCAUCCAAUACAUAUUUUGAUCGUCCUGGCAGCUCAAAGAAUAGAGAUAAGUGCUCUCUGAGACGAAGUCCGUCCACAGUUGACAGUUACAGGUAUCGAGGAGGUUGUAGACAAAAGACAACGUCCCGGCAAAAGUGCCAUAGAAAUAUCGGGAAGCCACUUGGUCCAUCCAAAGAGAAAAAUCCUUCCGCAGUCAUGGUUCCUACGUGGACACCCACUGACAAGCGAGCAAGACUGGUAACUUUUUAAAUAUUGUAAUAUUUUACUUUCACUUGUAAGAUUUUAAAAUACAUCAUUGAGGUGUAGAACUCAAAAAAAGUUGUUACAACAUAUUCCCCAUAAUGAAGCCAAUUAGCUCGGGGUUCUUACUCUUAUCGAGCAAAAUAUUCACGAAUUUUAUUCUGUUUCCAAAUUAUUUGUUUUUUCUGUAAUUUUUUGCCUAAAAUCUGUCCAUUAGAUGUCCGAUAGAGGGAUAGUCUAGUACCAGCGACGUGUUGAUCGCAGAAAGCAUUAAUAUAUAGACACCUGCGCAUAUGAUGACCGCUGCACCGUGGGGAGGGGGAACACAGUUUAGUGAGUAUCAAAUGUACUAACACCAGCUAUCUGACGAUUGCAGAAUCUUUCUUUCACAAGAUAUGGGCAAGAAAAGCAGAGCAAGCUGGUUUGGACAAAUAGAAACUUUGCAGGUCCAGAGGGCAAAGGACGAAAGAGUCUUCGUGAUGAAACUUAGGUGACACGUGGAAGAGGAUGCUUGUUUUUCUAUAUCUUCAUUAGAACUAUCGGUUUUAAUUCUCACGGAAAUUGAGGAUAUUCAUUUAGCAAUUAAUUAUCUUUUCUGGUGUCCGAAAAUUUUUAAAUAUCAUUGACGUGCUCGAAACUCUGCUCUGACAGUUGUCAACUUGUUAUGGUCGAAUGCACAGAAUAGGUCGGUCUUGACUCCCAUAGAACGUACCAUGUUCUUCUUCUUUAAGAUUAUUAGGAUUUUUGCGGUAAAGUACUCAGGUGCCAGUCCUUAGAUUUGAAAUCUCUCACGGGACAUUGCCUUUACAGUUAAAUUCACAUAUCGAAAUUUUUUGCCCCGGCAUCUGUGACUGGCUCAGUAAAGUAAUAGCUGACAGGGAAACUCAGAUUUUAUCCUCAAAUAAAAAGAAUGUGAUAUUUUACAUUCUUAACAUGUGGAAGGACACCAAGUCUGUGACCCAGCUCGCGCUUGUUCGUUCCACCAAGGAGAAAAAUGAGGUCGACAUGAGGUAA